AAUUUGGUAAGGAAAAAGCACAUUUAUUUAAUCCUACUGUCAAUCGUAUUCGUCAUCAGAAAGAGAUCAAUUUUUUUUCGUCGCUGAAUUAUAUCCUAGGCGAUCUUUAAAAUCCGUUCUCUAACUAGGAAUGUCGUUAAAUCUUAAGCGAUAACGCCAGGCCUGAUCCAUCAGGCAAAACGAAACAUGAUUUGUCCGGUUGUGUUUUUAUUUCUCGUUACAAUUUUGGAGGUUAAGGGAGACUGUUCAGGAGGUAAUUGUCAAAAGAUUUCCCUCGACGUGUACCAAGAUGCCGUGCAAGACUCAGAGUUUGUUGGCCAUGUAUUUCACAAUUCUGUCACGUUAAACCCAAUUCAGUGCUACAUGAAGUGCAUGCAGGACUGUCGAUGUUUGUCUCUGAACUACAAGGAAACCAACGACCAAAAAUACUGUGAGCUGAAUGAAGGAAGUCACUUUACCAAUAAAAGCUCUCUCAAACACUCUCCUGGAUCACGUUACUACAUCCUACGAAGGGAUUACGGCGCCGAGAAACACGACGGCAUCGCGUCCUGUGUUGGAGGCGAAACUUGCAUCAAUGGCUGCUGCAGGAAAAAUCCGUGCCUGAAUGGAGGAACCUGCAAUGAAAUCUGUGAGCCCACCAGCGUUCGGUACAACUGUUCUUGUCCGGAACCGUUUAUUGGAAAACACUGUGAGAUUCAGCCAAGAAGCUGUCAAGACUACAAAGCAGCUGGAGUGGACAAGUCUGGAUUGUACAAAAUUAUCGACAAUACCAAUCAAACCCUCCAAGUGUUCUGUGAUUUUAAUUCGGAGCCUGGGUUCGCCUGGAAUUUGAUCGAGUCGUUUAGUUUGUCCAACAAGCACCUUUUUCAGAGUGACGUUGUCUUUUACAAUUACCUGGAUUCAAGUGCGGUCAGCAGCGAUUCCCCAAACUGGCAGGCGUACCUGAUAAGAAGGGAUUACCUUGUUUGGCUCAGAGAUCACUCGACUCAUUGGCGAGCUACUUGCCGAUUCAACACAGACGGCACGGUAUAUACGGAUUACGCGCGAGCCUCAUUUGAAGACUUCGACAUCGUCAGAGUCACGCCCACGGCGGCAAGCAGCUGCCAAAAGUACGAGCUUGUCAACAUUCGGGGAAAUGAAUGUGUGAAGUGUACGGCAGCAACCUGGUAUCUAAAAGGUGCUUAUCCUCUGCAUAUCGACAGUUCAUAUCCACAUGGUUGCGAUUUCGACGGAAAUCAGAGUGGUGAUGUUGUAGGAAGCGAAGACAAUUUUGGAUUUUACCAAGCUGUAAAUUCGAAAUUCCGUUGUACUUCAAGCUCAGAAGCAACCACUCAGUUUUGGUUUGGGAGCAAAUGACUGACUUCACUACCGCAGAGCAGAGAAGUUUUUUUUCCUUCAUUCGUCAAUAAAUGAACACGGUAUGAUUAAGUUAAGCCGCAGUUUAAUUGAAUGACGGUGUCAAAUACCUUUUCGUGUCGAAUGUUACGCGGCCGUAACUCGCGUUCCCCUUUUCAAUUUCUUUGCAAGUUGUCCGGCGGAGUCAUAAUAACCUUGAAUGAAAGGUAUUUGCAUGAGCGUAAUUUACACACUUGGUAAUUUGUUACUGGAAACCUGCAAGGUAGUCGUUUUUUAACUUGGAAAAUCCGAGUUUAAGGUAUGGAUGGGAAAUUCACUCAAUUCUUCUCUUGCUGUUAGACAUUUUGUGAA